AGAUUAUUAUCGAAGUAUGAGCAGCAUGUUGCUUGUAAUAGACGAUGACCACGCGAGAGAUGAAACCUCUUGCCGUGGGUUCAUCCUGAAAUCUGACGAUUGGAUUCUUGCACAAGCCCCGUUCCCUCGGAUUUGGUGCUGGUCUGGUCUCGCCGGCGAUGAUAAUCUUCCUGAAACCUCUUCGAACUUCACCAUCGUACGAAGGGGAGCCUCGUUAUCUGCCGGUCACGAUCGCAUUUAAAGGACGUGCUGUGAUGUGUGCUUCAGCUACGAGUUGAGUUCCUUUUGCUGUGUCGGUCACCUGAGUCGAGCAAUGUCCGUCGUGGCUUAACUCCUGAGCUCCACCCGCUCCUGCCUUUUUUUUCCCUUCUAUCUUAGCUGCUAGCAACUUUUUUCGCGUCGAACUUUCGACACCUUUGGGCGUGUCGCCUACCCAUCGCGAUCAUGGGUCUAGGAGUACUGGAUGUGAAGAACGAGCCUGUUCCCGGAACCUCCAAUAUCUACGAACAAGCCGACGAUCGGAGCGACCACGCCGAUACUACGGGGCUGAAACAUGACUGGACGACCAAGGAACCGACGAUUCUCGUUCCCCAGCCGAGUGACGACCCCAACGACCCGUUGAACUGGCCAUUAUGGAGACGCGAUCUUAUUCUCGCGAUCUUGUCUUUCGUGACGGUGCUCUGCACCACGCUGAGCUCCAUUCUGGCUGCAAACACCGUCAAGAUCGCAGACGUCCAGCAGAUCACUUACGUCGAUGCAGCCUUGCUCACCGGGUACCACCUUUGCGGUGUAGGUGUAGCUGGAAUCCUCAUUGUGCCCACGGCUCGAGUCUGGGGUAAACGGCAUCUAUUUUUGCUCGGACACAUCCUAAUGAUUGUGAGCUGUAUCUGGGGUGGCGCCAGUGGUACGAAUCACAAGAGUCUGCUGUGGGCCCGAAUCUUCCAGGGAGUUGCUCUAGCCCCAUUCGAGGGAUUAGUGAAUGCCUGUGUCGGAGAUCUUUACUUCGUUCAUGAACGAGGCAAGCGCAUGGCAGUGUCCAAUGUCGCUCUCUUCGGCGCUGCAUUCUUGACACCCGUCAUUGUCGGAAAGAUGACGGUGACCAUUGGCUGGCAGUGGUCGUUUUACUUUGUGGCCAUCUUUUUGGCUGCUUCGCUGCCUUUGAUGAUAUUCUUCGUGCCUGAAACGGCAUACCGGCGAUCUGACAAGCUCAAUACCGAUUUCAAACACAAAUCAGGACAUAGCGAGUCUACCGAGUCCCAUUUAGCCCUCCAUGACCCUGUCAACGAUGAAUCCAAGAGCUUUGUCCCGGAGACUGGAGCUGUACAAGGUGCUUCACGAACGGAGGUCACGGCAACGCCCAUUCCAGAGAAGGAUUCAUUCCUCAAGUCGCUUCGACCUUUCACCGGACGAAAGACGGAUGAAAAAUUCUGGAAGUUGCUGCUUCGUCCAUUUCCUUUGUUCCUACAUCCCGGUAUUCUUUGGGCUUGCUUGAUUCAAGGUGUAGUUAUUGGAUGGGCUGUCUUUAUCGGUGUCAUCCUCGCCCUUGUCUUCGAAGGUCCACCUCUUUGGUUCCACGAGGACCAAAUAGGUUACCUAUACAGUGGUGCGUUUAUCGGAUCCAUGAUUGGUCUGAUCCUUGCAGGUGUCUUGACAGAUUCCAUGACCAAGUUCAUGGUGAAAAUGAAUCACGGCAAAUAUGAGCCAGAGUUCCGCAUUCUACUGGUUGUCUUCCAGUUGAUCUUUGCAUGCAUGGGUCUCUAUGGCUUUGGAUGGACGGCUGGCAAUAUUAUGAAGUAUCACUGGCUGCUUCCAGAUGUAUUCUUUGCGUUCGUGAUUAUUGGGAUGGUGAUGGGAGCAGUCGCUGCAUCGCUCUAUAUUGUCGAUGCUCAUCGUCAAAUUGCGAUCGAGGCGUUUACUUGUCUGCUUAUUUUCAAGAAUAUGUUCAGUUUCGUCCUGACAUUCUUUGCUUAUGAUUGGAUGGCCUAUGGAGGUGUGAAGCACACCAUGAUCAUUCUCGGCAGCAUUCAAGUGGGUAUCUGCUGCUUAAGUAUUCCUAUGUAUGUUUUCGGCAAGUGGAACCGGUCUUUCUUUGCGCGCCAUGAUAUCCUCGAAAUUCUUCAUCUCUGGUAAAGGCAAGGGAAGCAAGCUUUUGUUACGAUUAUGAUGGAGCCUUAUGAAGCUACAAACAUAUAAUAAAUUAGCAGUUGUUAUGAGUUAUAGAAUAUAUCCAGCGUCAUGUCAAUUGUACAAUGUAUAUCGUGGCCUGCCAUCAAUCCAAAGAUUCCAUUCCCCCCAAAAGGUCCAUGCAUAUUUACACGUCGCUCUGUAUCGAUGCAUCAUCACCGCGUUUCUUCUCUACCGGAUAUUUUUCCAGACUCUCAUACCACUGUAUCGUCGAUCCAAUCAUGAAUGCCCAUGAGCCCCAAAAAGUCGCCAGUGUAGCUUGAUACUCUACACCCGAAGCAUUACUCGCUGGUCCCAGUGCACCGCAGAGAGUGAAACCAAUGCCACCGAUGAAGUUCCAGACUCCAAUAUACCAGCCGAGCACAUGGAAAGCCGGUCGAUACCACUUUUCUUGCGUCUCGAGGGUGAACAGCAAUCCGCUGAGAAUAAAGCCAGUGCCACCGACUAUCUGAGGGACCCAGUAAACGCCAUUCGUCACUCGCUGACUCAUAUGAUCGAUGAUACCUGGGAGACCAGUGAAACCAGCGAUCCAGAAAAUCGUAGCGGCGAGGAACUGGACCAAAGAGGCCAGGAAGCCAAGCUCAUGGAAAUAAUGUGUCCGCAACUCGGUCCAAGAUGGCCACCAGCGAAAUGACCUGCCAUCCGAGGACGAAGUCGUAUAGCCAUUGGAAAGACCACGAGACAGCUGAUGAGACGAGUGUCUCCCAACCCCCACAAGAUUCCUCCUAUUCACAUGGUGAUGCCGACACUCAUUCUCGCUAGGCUUCACCUUGGUCACACUCCGAUCCGCAUGAUUCUUCUCAACCUUACUCAACUCCGUCUCCAACGCCCACCCAAAACAACCAGUCUGAUUGGCAUUCACAGCCUCAAGCAACAAAAACACACUCCCAAUUUCGAACACCGUCGCUCCGAUAAAUGCGCUGAUUCCCCCACCCAGCAAAAUCUCGCCCGAGAACUCCGUCCCGGGAUCAGCGAGUGGUAACCACACGAAAAAGGCGUUGAUGAUCCAAAUCACCGAUCCAAGCGUAAAGGUCACAGCAACGAGCCAUGAUACAUCCCAGAUAGGCGCGCAAGUCGCCAUCCGCAGGAUUCCCCGAGCGACAGCUCGAAACGUCGUCGUCGGCGGCGGGACAAUGUACCCCGUACCUUUCGUCGGAGCGCGAUAGUCAACUUUCAACGCAUGCCGUCCCUUGCGAUUAUCGCGCGAGCGCCAGAGGUGCUCGACCGAGCGUGCCUCCUUCGGUGUUGUGGGUGCGCUCGUGUCUGGGGUUUGUGGUUGCUGUUCCUCUUCCUGUGCCGGGGUUCCGGGCUUGGUUUGACCAGGGGCUGGGGUUGGCGCGUACCGCGCCCAGGUGGGAUUUAGGAAUGAGAAUGGACCCGAGACAUGGCUGCGGCGGAGGGUGAGACUUGGAUGGUCGGAUAGGGGCUCGCGCCCCGGUCGGAAUUGUUUGUUGCGGCCCAUGGAUGUCGCCGGAUUGGGGUGGAAAGAGAGACGGAGUGUUGAGUAAGGAAGGAUAGUGGAGGAUAUCGUGAGGUCGGG